AUGACGCAAAUCCAAUCGUUGGAAGUCAUGUGCGGAAAGGAUCACAUGGACGUUCACUUAUCAUUCACACAUCCUUUCGAGGGAAUAGUGUUUUCCAAGGGUCAAUAUGGUGACCCGAGGUGCGUGUACGUGACUCCCUCUGCGGGAAGGACGUUUUUCUCAUUUCGUAUAGCAUACGCGAGAUGCGGUACCAAACCCGAUCUUCACGGUCAGUUUUACGAAAACACGGUGGUCGUUCAAUACGACAAAGACUUGCUAGAAGUGUGGGACGAAGCCAAGAGACUCCGUUGCGAGUGGUUUAACGAUUAUGAAAAAACAGCAUCCAAACCCCCGAUGGUCAUAGCCGAUCUUGACGUCAUACAGCUUGAUUUCAGAGGCGACAACGUCGAUUGUUGGAUGGAAAUUCAACAUGGUAAAGGACCUUGGGCUCCUCCAGUGAGUGGCAUCGUACCUUUAGGUUCGACUUUAACAUUAGUUGUUGCCAUCAACGAUUACCGAGGUGAAUUCGAUAUGAGAGUGAAAUCGUGCGCAGCAUCCGAUGGAGCCGGACACGUCAUACAGCUAUCAGAUGAAAACGGAUGCGUUUUAAGGCCGAAAAUGAUAAGUAGAUUUUUAAAAGCGAAAGGAGCAGACGACAGAGCAUCGGUUAUAACUUAUGCAUUUUUUCACGCAUUUAAAUUUCCCGACGCUUUGAGCGUUCACAUAAAAUGCAAAGUUGAAAUUUGCCGUCACGGAUGUUUGGACCACUGUCAGUUCGGUUCGGAUUUUGGACAUUUACUUCAUCAUCAUUUACCCACGGGUGGCGGUGGUCAAUAUGAUGAUGCCAUCGAAAGAAAGGAUAACGUUCCACCACCCAUGCGUCCGUCAAUAAAAAAACAAAAAAUUCAAUCGUCCGUCAAACCGGUUCGAGAAGAUAAUAAUGACGAUGAUGUGAUGACGUACGACGACGACGGCGGCGGCGGCGGCGAGGAUGAUGAUGACGAUGACGAAGAUGAUGGAUUUGACGAAAGGCCCAAUUCGGUGCCGCAUCAUAGAGGUGGUGGUGGUGGUGGCAAUAAUGGUUUCAGCUCUCUGGCAAGAGAUCCAUCAUCGUCGUCCCACGGUACUCAAUCACACAAGCACGUAUAUUUACAAUCGGAUGAAGUAGAUUCGGAAGAAAUGAAAGGAGGAGAUCCUUUGCCUCAACCGCAAUUUCAGGAAAUGCCGAGGCCGGGUCAUAAAGAUGAACAGGAAAGAUUUCCACACGGUCCGAGAAAUUUAGAUGGUGAUUCCGCAUCGAUAUUUAAUUCGAGAUCGUUAUCGGAAAAAGAUAAGAGAAAACGUCGAUCCGUCGUCGUUUCUGACAGAAAGGUGAGAAGUGCUGACGUCGGGGUUAGUGGCAUAUACGAAGUCAUAUCGGAAGCCGAUUUAGCAUUUACGCCGGAUACUAAAGCGGAAGCCGUAACCGUUUUCAGGGGUAGGAUAAGGGAAGAAGUCGUUUACGGGAUUUGUUUACCAAUGCCAGGUUUCAGCAUACUUUUCGUAGUGGUAGCAGUAUCGGCGGUUGUUGCCGCAUUAGUAGCCGGCUCUCUUUUAUAUCGUUAUCAAUUGCAAAAAGAAGCACAACAAUUAACGGCGGCGCAACACAGGAGGAGAACGGAAGUGGUAGAGGAGGAGAAUCAUCAUCAUCAUCGCAGAAACGGAAACGUCGUUGUCGUCAACGGUUCAAACGGAUGGACAAAUUGGAUGCCAAUGAGAUUGCUUCGUCCGAGAGUACAGGAAACGACGACGACGACGACGUCACCAUCGUCGACGUCAUGUCCGCAAAAUUCGGUUAAUUCCACGACGUCGAAUCACAGUCACGACGGUUGA